AUAGAUAUGCUCAGUGCGCAACAACGCCUCAGCUCGUCAUCAUCCGGGAAAAUAUUGGCAGUUUGGGUGGGACAAUUAGAUCAAUAAAUAAUCAACUCUAACUCACGUGAUCCAUACUAUCAAUCGAUCAUCGAGGAAAGAUGACAGAUCGCAUAACAAUUCGUUCGCCCCUGUUGGUGUUGGUCGUAUCUUCAUUGAUUCUGGCAUGUGUUAACUGUGAAAUCGACCAACGAGCAUCGAGACAAUCGAUCGAGGAACCUCCACAGAGUCUGGAAGACACCAUGAACAAGGACUGCAGUAAGUCCUACAGUGCUACGUGUCUCAAGCUGGACGUGGUGUCUUUCGUUGAUAAACUAUCCGAGCAGAAGGACAUCGGAAUCCUCCCCGGGGUGUCUGUUGUCCAGGAGUCCACCCCUGACAACGCGUCCUCCUCGGACAUCGUUGCCAACCUGGCCAGAGAGUUUCCAAAUGACGUUGAUAGACGGCUGGAUGCGUAUCUUCUGCACAAGAUCGGGACUUACUUGAAUAGUCACUCGAUCUCCAUCAAACUCUUCGAUCCGAAGACGUUUGAAGCUGCCAGGAACUUCAACGAGCAGACGCUGUCGCAGUUUGGCUUGUUCACAGGAGGUGAUGUUGAAACUGGUCGAGGAAGGAAGAAGGGCAACAUGGGAGCCCUCGCUGCUGGCCUGAUGAUGAUGAAGGGAACUCUAGGUGCUCUAGGAUUUGGUGCUCUGGCUAUGCUAGCGGGCAAGGCCCUCAUGACUGGCCUGAUGGCCCUCAUGCUGUCGGCAAUCGUUGGACUUAAAUCGUUAACCAGCGGAGGCGAGAAGAAGACAACUUAUGAAAUUGUCAGCAAACCUGUUUACUCGUCCUCCCACACGCACAGCAGUGAGGAGCAACAUCAUGGUCACGGAUACGGUCAUUCUGGAUAUGCAAGAUCUCUUGAUAUAGUUGAGUCCAAUGUUCAAGAGGGCAUUCGGAAGUAUGGAAAUGUGAGGGAUCGUCGGGCUGUUUGAUUCCGCCAAUGAUGAUUUAGUCUAAUGAAUGACUUUGGUAUUCGAAUCACUUUCGUCCUACUCGUCCUUUCUUUUCUUUUUCUGUCACUUUGUUUUUCUUCACAUUCUGCUCCUCUCCGUCACCUUUCUCUUCCCACUCUUUCUGUCUCCUUAUUUAUUUGCUUCACGUGUCAUUUUUCUAUUUUCCGUCUAUUUAUCCCCUGCGAGUUGAUUCGAAUCGACAAGACAGUUUGUUGAGUCUAUGAGAUAAUAUAAGAUCAUAUUUAUGUUGACUUAAUUUACCACUCACGGUAAAGUGCUCUAUUUAUUCGCAUGUACAUUAUGAAUAAAUUAUAUUUUUAUAAACGGCAA